AUGGCAAGUUCAACUAUUACUGAAGAACCAUCAAAAGUAGUCUUGACUCAAAUUGGCUCAAAUAAUGAAGAUUAUAAAACGCGUGAAAGGGGUAUGCAUAACAUAGCUUUAGGGGCAGCUCAUCCUUACGCUCUUCCAAGCUUUGAAGAUAAAUACGAAGAAAGAAAGUGGAUACUUGAGCAUAUGGCAGGCGCAUUUCGUGUUUUUGAUAGAAAGGGUUAUACAGAAGGCACUUCUGGACAUAUAUCAGUGAGGGAUCCUGUUGAUCCAAAUACGUUUUGGAUUAAUCCUUUAGGAAUACAUUUUGGUUUAAUUAAAGCUUCAGACCUCGUACAUGUAGAUGAAGAUGGAAAAAUUCUUCCAGAUGGGGCUCAAUCAGCUAUCAAUGCUGCAGGAUUUUCUAUUCAUUCAGCACUUCACAAGGCAAGAUCGGAUGUGAAUGCUGCAUGUCAUACACAUUCAAAGUUUGGAAAAGCUUAUUCAGCUUUUGGCAAGCCUUUGGAAAUGAUAAACCAAGAUGUGUGCACCUUUUAUAAAAGUCAUAGUGUUUAUGAAGACUUUGGGGGAGUUGCAAUAGAAGCAGAAGAAGGUAAGGCUAUAUCCCGAGCUAUAGGAAAUGGAAAAGGGGUGAUUCUUACUAACCAUGGGCUUCUUACAGUCGGUACAACUGUUGAUCUGGCUGCUUACUUAUUUACAUUGAUGGAAAGAAGUUGCGAAGUUCAGUUGUUAGUUGAUUCUUCACCUAACAAGAAAAUUCAAAUUGGAGAUCAAGAAGCUGCUUACACGGAGUAUAUGAAUGGCGAUCAGGAAACUUUGUAUACAGAGUUUCAACCCGACUACCAAAAAGAAUUGCAACUCUCAAAAGCAGACUUUCUUUUCAAUGAUUGA